AUGGGUUUUCUCACGAAAUGCCAAGCUGAAGAGUUUACCAAAUCUACGUCCUACGUCCACAACAUUUCCAACCGGUUGAACGAUGAAACGAGGGUAACCUCUUCGCAUGUCCGAGGCCAAUGUACGACGCCUUUGCAAUCGUGCUCCCGCGAUGGUGGGUCUCCUGAUGGUCUUCACGCGUGUUGGGUUCUCGGCCUAUCGCAGCCUUCGCAUGCGAUUGAAAUUCAGCCUCCCUUUGCGAAAGAAAACCAGAAGAUGUCUGCCCCUGCCAACGACCUCAACACUCUCGCGAAGCUCAUCUCCGAUUCCGUGGCCGUUGUAACGUCUGAAUACGCGAAGGCGGGACACGCGCCUCCGAGUUUGGAGUCGACUGCUCAAGAUCCCUUCCACUCUCCGGAGUUGGUUCCCGAGCAGUUGAAAGCUGCUAUCAAGAUCAUCGAAGCCGCCUGCGCGCAGCUUAGCGCUACAGUAGCCAGCGCCGGGCAUGUCGUAACGAAUAAAUCGUACAACUUUAUGGAACCAGUAUGCAUGCGUGUAGCUCUGGAUGCAAGAAUUACCGACCAUCUCCUCGACAAGCCCAAAGGGUUGCAUAUCGACGAACUGGGGCAGCUGACAGAUCAAGAUCCAGGAAAACUGGGACGCAUCCUCCGAACACUGGCAACGAACCAUGUUUAUACUGAAGUGACACCCAACGUUUUUGCCAACAACCGUCUUUCCAUGAAACUGCUUUCAACUGACCCCGUCUCGGACCUCGUACGCCAUAUGACGGACGAGAGCAUGAAAGGCGGCGCCGUUGUUGGGGAUGUUUUCAAGGACCCUAAAACGCGCAAGUCUUAUCGUCUGGAGGAUUCCCCUUUCCAGCGUGCUCACGGAGUCUCUGCUUUCGGUUACUACGGCGUUCCCGAUCGACCAGAGAUCUUUGAGAGCUUCGCACGGGCAAUGGUUGGUUGGGCACAGGUUACGGGAAAGGCCAUGCUUCCAAAGAUCUAUCCGUGGGGUAGCCUCCCUGCUGAUUCCACGAUAGUUGAUGUCGGUGGCGGUAAUGGCCACGCCAUGCUUGACUUGCUGAAGGCCUUCCCAUCCUUCAAAGCCAUCGUCCAAGAUACGCGCGCAAUCGCUAUACAAGGCAGAGAGUUUUGGGAGAAAGAGUACCCAAUUGCAAUUCAAGAGAAGAAAGUCGACUUUAUCGGACUCGACUUCCUGACGGAAACACCCGUGACAGGGGGGACAGUAUACUACCUGAGACACGUUCUGCAUGAUUGGCCCGAUGAUGACAGCAUCAAGAUUUUGAAGAACGUGCGGAAGUCUGCGGGACCAAAGAGCAGGCUCCUAAUUAAUGAAUUCGUUGUUCAAUAUAUCGUCCGCGGAGGGCUGGCGUCAGAAUCUCAGGCACCCGAACCACUGCUACCCAAUUACGGCGCGGCCAACAAGAGGCUCUAUCAACAAGACUUGAACAUGAUGUUUCAGUUUAAUAGUAAAGAACGUACGUUGGACGAAUUCAUCAAGUUGGGCGAAGCAAGCGGGUUCCGUUUUGAGAAGUUGUGGGACGGCGGGGAGGCGGGGAUCGUGGAGCUUGUUCCUGUUUAG